AUGUCACGAGAACUUAGGUCACCCUUCACGGCACGCAUGAACAUGUUGCUGAAGGCCGCGCACGCGAGUGAGAGAGUGCUGAGAUUAGCAAAGGGACUUGAAUGCGAGACUUGUGCUGAGUGGUCACGUCCCAAGGCACAUCAUGUUACCAAGAUGCGUAGGGCAACCGAGUUCAAUCAGCAAGUUGGCGUCGACACUUUCGAAUUGGAGGUUCGGGAUGUAAAAAUGCAUUUCCUUAACAUUGUCGAUGAGGCCACCGGGUUCCAGAUGUGUGUUCCGUUGUGGAAGGGGAUGCAAGCGAAGAACGUGCGCAAUUCUUAUAGGAAGAACUGGAAAAGGUGGGCUGGGCCUCCUAUCAGGCUGUUUUGUGACGGUGGAAAAGAGUUUGAAGGGGAGUUUGAGCAUGGGCUGUCCUUGGAUGGAACGUUUGAGCUCGUCGAUCAAAUCAACAACGCCGUGAACAGCAUGACAAGGAAAGAUGGCUAUUCUCCUUUUCAGCAUGUGUUCGGAAGAGAUGUGCGAGUGCCAGGUCUUGUGAGUUCCGAUGUUGAUCCUGUUAUCAAUUCGUCCUUGGUCCAAGGUGAAAGUGUGUUCGAGCGUCGUAUGGAGUUGCGAACGGCCGCGCGACAGGCCUUUCUGCAAGCGGACGGGGACAUGCGAAUACGUAAGGCCAUGGAACAUCGAAGUAGACCGGAGAGAGGUCCUUUCACGGAGGGCCAACUCGUGUUUUUCUGGCGCAAGAAUCGUUUCGAUAAUCGAGCACAUUGGCAUGGACCUGCCGUUGUGAUAGGCAAAUCAGGAGCGUCGAAAGUGUGGGUUGCGCGAGGAACCAAGGUGUACAGGUGUUGUCCGGAACAGUUGCGUGGACUCUCACCAGAUCAGGAAGCGACUGUGAAGCUGCUUCCGGCAGAUAUGGUUCACAUUAGAGGACAGGUGAGUGCCAAAGGCGCGGGCAAUUAUCAUGACCUAAGCAUGUUGGAACGGCCCCAAGACCAUCAAGCGCCGGAGGUGAGAAAUCCGGACAAUGAACCAGCUGGUGAUCAGAGUCAACCGGUCGCUGUUGGUGGUGUGGGAGAUCUGCUUGAUGAGUUGGAAGACCCUAUGCAAGUGAGUCAAGAGUCGAGUGAACCUGCUGUUGAUUCAGCAGUGCCGGCUGUGCCGAGGGCCGCAACUGAAGCUGGCGAUGAAUCACCAGCUAAGCGGGCAAGGAGAGAACCAGCACCGACGCAGUUGACUGCCAUGUUGAGACUUGAUCCUGAAGUGCUUGAUGGAGGGCGUGCGAGUAGUUCUGGUGAACGGGCUACGGAACCUGAUGCUGCUAACAUUCCGGUGCCAGGACCUGAUGAGGAUGAUGACUUAGAGGUUUUAGCGGUUGAUGGUGACAAGUGGAUUGUUGAUCAUCGUCGAUCGAGAUUGAUUCGCAUGCACAAUGUCGAGCGUCAAGGUCUGUAUGUGCCAAAACCGUCUGAGUUUCCAGUGGAGGCCACUUGGGUUAAGCGUGAGUGUUGUAUGGUGGGACAUGAUCGCUUUGGAACCAAGAUUUGCUGCGAUUAUGAUUGGAUUGGGCGCAACAUUCCUGAGGUGCUGAUACGUGGCAAGUUCUGGACAGGUUACACGGAGUUCUACUUGGAGAAUGGUUGGAGUGUCAAGGAACUUGCACCGGAGGAGUGUCAUGAAGUGAACAUCAAAAAGGGUCGGAAGGAGCCGUCUGAGUCAGAAAUUCCAAAGACUAGGAAAACUGGUCUCGAUCAGGCCAAGAUCAAAGAGUGGAAGAAGCUGACAGAUAGCGGUGCAAUCAAGGUCCACGUUGGAGAAGCUGCCAGAAAGAUCAGGAGUGCACUGAAAGCAAUGUUUCCGUUCAAGCAUUGGAAAAUGAAGGAAGGAGAGUUCCUGGGCAAGACUCUUCAACAACAGUCGGACGGAAGCAUCAGAAUCCAUCAAAGGGAGUAUGCCAAGCAGCUGAAGGGUCUGUCACUUUCCAGAGAGCGUCGUCGAGAGUUGAGUGAGAGCGUGAGUGAAGAAGAGAGACGUCAGCUGAGGGGAGUGCUAGGUGCGGUCAAUUGGCUAGUUUCAAGCAGUAGACCGGAUGUGGCUGCGUGGUGCUCGUUGUUGCAGCAAAGAGUUUGUGAUGCGACGGUGUCGGACUUGAUUGAGGCCAAUAAACUUGUCAGCUUCUGUCAUGACAACUGCAAUGCUCAUGUGUGGAUACGUAGUAUACCCAUGGAGCAAGUGCAAUUCACGAUGCUGUCCGAUGCGGCGUGGGCCAACGCUCAAGGGUGUUGUAGUCAGGCAGGGUACAUGAUUGCAGCAUGCACUGAUGAUCUUCCAGCUGGACGCUGGGGGCUGUUUUCAGUGAUGAGAUGGCGAAGCUACAAGCAGGAUCGCCAAACGCAUUCUACACUGGGUGCAGAGCUGCUUUCACUGUCUAGAGGACUGGCUGAAGCAAGAUGGCUUCGUUCAAUGUGGUGUGAAGCAAGAUUUCCAGAAUACAACUUGCGUGCUGACCACGUCUGGAGCUGCAAGAUCCCCAUCACAGCAGUGAUUGAUUGCAAGCCUGUUUACGACCACGUGGAGGGGCCAGUGAUUGCAGUGAAGGACAAGAGAGUUGCCAUCGAAAUGAUGUUAGUCAAAGAGGACAUCUCAAAGUACAAUAUUUCUCUGAGAUGGAUGGCGACGAAGCAGAUGAUUGUGGACGUUCUUACCAAACGUGGAGCGCCAAUGGGGUUGUUUAGGAAUAUUAUGCAAAGGGGUGAGUUUGUGUUAGUUGAAGACAAGGAAGUGGCGGCAAUUACCUCAAAGAGGUGA